GCUCUCUCCCUCUCUCUCUCUCUCCCUCUUCUCUCUGUAGGAUCCACCUCCUAUUCUCUCAACUCUUUUAGCAUAACCUUCAAAAGAGAACGUUCCCUUCAGACUUUAUUAUCUUCUUUUCCCCACUGAGAGAAUACCUCUUAGCUGCAAGACAUUUUUUAAGUCUAUGCAGGACUUCGGGGAUUCGGUUAUCUUGCCAGGGAAAUUGAUCAUUGGUAAUGUCUGGGACUCACAGUGUGCUAAAUUAGCUACCAGAGUAAGCCUGACGGAGGAAGGCUUUUAUCAUAUACUCUUCUCUUCAGUUUGAACACAUUUGCUUGAAAUUUGCCGCAUGAUGCUGUCCAGGGAAGCAGCUUUUUUUCUUGGGAUGCAGCAAUUCGCUGGUUUCUAAGCUUAUUGCAGAAGAAGAAAUAAUCUUAAAUAGAGUGGAUUUCUCCCCCCCGUGGUUGAUUCGACUGAGCUGUGUUCCACCGCGGUAACCAUCAACGAUCACCUGUCAUUAAAUCUUUGAGGAAGUAAAAACAAAGUGAAUUAUCAUUAUUAUUUAUUUAUUUUUAUUAUUUUUAACCGGUGGAGGCGGCGUGACCACGGAGAAUGAGACUGAGAGAAGCUGCCAGGGCUUGGAGGAGGAUAAAGCUGAGUUUAAGCUGGAAACUAAAAGACUAGAUUGUUAUUUGGUACAACUUGCCCGGUUCCUCUCCACUUCCUUUAGUUUCGCUCCAUGGACAGAUCAACAAACCUGGACAUUGAGGAGCUCAAGAUGACACGAGAACAAUACAUAUUAGCAACACAGCAGAACAACUUGCCAAGAACUGAAAAUGCACAACUUUACCCAGUGGGAAUUUAUGGCUGGCGAAAGAGGUGCUUAUACUUCUUUGUCCUUCUGCUGUUGGUUACCAUGAUAGUUAACUUAGCCAUGACAAUAUGGAUAUUGAAAGUUAUGAAUUUCACUGUGGAUGGUAUGGGAAAUCUGAGAGUCACCAAGAAGGGAAUCCGACUUGAAGGUAUAUCUGAGUUUCUACUUCCAUUGUAUGUGAAAGAAAUUCAUUCCCGAAAGGAUAGCCCACUGGUCUUACAGUCUGACAGGAAUGUAACAGUGAAUGCAAGAAAUCACAUGGGGCAGUUAACUGGACAGCUGACAGUAGGAGCUGAUGCUGUGGAAGCUCAGUGUAAAAGAUUUGAAGUGAGAGCCAGUGAAGAUGGCAGGGUGCUGUUUUCUGCAGAUGAAGAUGAGAUUACCAUUGGGGCUGAAAAGCUGAAAGUUACAGGCACCGAAGGAGCAGUAUUUGGGCACUCGGUGGAGACACCUCACGUCAGAGCAGAACCAUCUCAAGAUCUCAGGCUUGAAUCACCUACCAGAUCCUUGAUUAUGGAAGCUCCUCGUGGGGUCCAGGUGAGCGCUGCUGCAGGUGACUUCAAGGCUACCUGCAGGAAGGAGCUGCAUUUACAGUCUACGGAGGGGGAGAUAUUUUUAAAUGCAGAUACCAUCCGGCUGGGAAAUCUACCGACCGGCUCCUAUUCAUCUUCUUCAACCAGCUCCUCAACUUCUCGACAGACAGUGUAUGAACUCUGUGUCUGCCCCAAUGGCAAACUUUACCUUUCUCCAGCAGGGGUAGGUUCCACUUGUCAGUCCAGUAGCAACAUCUGCUUGUGGAGCUGAAGUGACUGAUUUCUCCUCACACCAGAAUAGCCUUUUGUUCCUGUCCGUCUGCUUCACACUUCUGCUCGGUUUCCCUUGUGAUCAGUCCAGAACUUCUUCCGAUGGUCCACAGAGCGACUUCUUCCAGUAUAAGCAGGGAUCCGCCACCACCUUCUCUUGUGAUUUACCAGACUGCUCAACACAGAGAGUGUGAGUGACAUAGCAGUGGAAACAUCAUCUUCAACAGGAAAACUGGAUCAUAACUUUUGCUCAAAAGGGAGAAUAAUAUAGGUGCCUUUGCUACAUGAAGUGAAGCACACAGUUUUAGAUUUUUGCAGAACCUGGAUAUGAACUGCACAUAAAUAUACAUCACAUAGAUGAAAUUCCCAGUAUCCAAUGGCAAGAUGAAAUGGUUAACCCUGUAAGAAAACUAAUUCUACAGUUUGAAAGCACAAUUUUCCAUUCAUCUUUUUGGAUGUAAACUUUUAUCCCCGAAUUUUAAAAUUUUGAAGCAUUAUGUAAUGCUUGCUUUACUAAAAAUUAAAUUCGAUACAUGAUUUUUAAC